UCAGCGGUACACACACAAACUAUCACGCGCAGAAUAAGACACUACUGCUCUCCUGUUCAAACCGCCGCGGUUUGUUUUUAUCUGUCAUGUGAAGGAUCAUCGGUCUCUAGAGGGGAAACCACGACAACGACACUAACAAACCGGUAUUGAUGUCAGCAAUGGAGAUUUAUUUUGCUUGGCUGUAACGCAUAGUCACAGACAGUUAAAAAGAUCUGACGGAUAAUAUUUCUCUCAGUUUAGGUUGCAUGAUGUUAGAAUCAGCAGCACAUAUUCGUCGGAGAGGGGCUCAGGACUUCGAGGGGUACUAUGAUCACAUCUGUGCGUCUCAGGGUUCAGCCCCCGUCCGUGCAGUGAAGACCGGCCUGUCCGGUGGGAUGUUAGAGUUUAAUGCCGAUCACAUCAGUUUAGCAGACUGGACACCCAUAUUGUCAGCCCUCGCCAUCAAUAAACACCUCCAGCAUAUUUCCAUCAAGAGUUGCCAUCUCACCAGCCUUGGAGCUCAAAGUUCUUACAGAACCCAUAUUAAGAAGAAGACCCCUGCAGUCCAUUCAAAGACUAUGACCCUUCAGUUGUGUAAGGCUGUGCAGAAGUGUCUGUCGGAGUCAAACAGUCUGAAAACCUUACAGCUACAUGCUUUACCAUUCAGAGAGAGGGAUCUUAUUGCUCUCACCAAGGGUUUAGCUAAGAGCGUGUCACUGGAGCAUCUCUCUUUAGCACACUGUCCAAUCGCUGAUGAGGGUUUGGAAGUCAUUUGUCAGAGUGUGAAGUACUCCUCAACUAUCAAGUCCGUGGAUUUUACUUCCUGUAAUAUUACAUGGCAGGGGGCGGAACAUAUGGCAAACAUCAUAAAGCAUCAGGCAAUGAAGCGGCAUAGCACAGCCUGGGUGGAGACUUUACGCUACAGGAGGGCGGAGUUUGAGGCGAUGAAUGGACUACGCAGAGUUACUCUCAAUGACAACAUUUUAAUCGGGGACCGAGGAGUGACGGCACUUGCCCGAGAGCUUACAGAGGACCUGUGGGUUAAAGCGGUGGACCUUCAGCGCUGCGGGAUCUCAAAUGACGGAGCUCGAAUUUUAGAGCAGAUGCUUCAGGCAAACAGCACUCUGUGUGUGAUAGACAUCAGGAGAAACCCACUGAUUGAUAAUAAUCUUGUUAAGGCCGUCAUCAAAAAAGUUCUUAUGAACACUAAAGGCCAGGACUCACAAUAUCUUUGGCUCAAACCACCUUCCUCUAAAGAAUCACCAGAUCAAUCACGUCACACAAGGAGGAGGAACACUGGAAAAGCUACAUAUAGAAUCGGAUCACGCCGAUCGUCAUUAAACUCUGGCUGGAAGCCUCCUCGCCCGGGAUCUUCGGCUUACGUCCCGUGGCGAACUGCAGCACGUGCCGGCUUACAGAGAGGUGUAUCACAGGCUGAGGACAUGAAAGAGCAGAGUUUUCAGAAUGCCACAUCUGUGCGGGUAACUGUGGAGACGGAGUCCGAAUCGGAGGAUGUGGAGAGCGUACCUGUGGAGAGUCCUCACGAGAGAAUCACAAGCUGUCAGUUCAGACGAUUACAAACCGAAAACAAUCGAUUAAAGGUGGAGCUAGAGGAUUGUCGCCUGAGGCUUGGAGAGGAAAGGAACGCCAGACUGAAAACCAACUCUCGUCUGGUGGAGCUGGAACUGGAGAAUGAGCGUUUGCGCAGUCUGAACCUCUCUCUGUCUGAAGCUCAUAUGAGCACCUCUGUUCUGGAUGAUGAACGUGUGCUGGAAAGCAUCGAGUCUUCCUUUCACAAAUUCCACGCCUUCCUAGAUCUUCUUAAAGAUGCUGGGCUGGGCCAAUUUGCAUCUAUGGCUGGGAUUGACCAAUCAGACUUUGGAAUACUUGGGAAUCCUCAGCUUUCCUCAACAGAGAGAAGGCCUAUAGGCCACGAUGACCAGGCAAAUGAGGAGAAUGUAGCAAUGAUGAGUGUCCCUGUAUCAGGUAUGUCUGCUAACAAUGUAGACGUUUCCCAGAGCCAACCACUACAGGAAUUGACUUUAAUUCCAGCCAGAGUGAGCCGCACCUCUCCCAACCUGCAGGAGCCACUCGCGUUUGAAGCUCCCGAGCAAAGAGCCAGCGCAGUCUCUCGCUCAGGGAGUUCACUCAGCAGUGCCAGCACUCAAUCCAAAGGCUUAAAAUCUACAGAUCAAAUGGAUCUGAGGGGAAAGUGUUUUCAGCCGUCGGCUCGAGAGCAUCUAGUCUGUCUCAGUUGGGUUCAGGCAGACAGAGUCAUUCAGGAAGCCAAAAGAGUUCUGCUGGACAGCUCGGGUUUUAGCCAGAUAUAAGAUAAAGAAAUCUUGGAUGAUGUAAUUCGACUUGAUGUAUUUGUUGGAAAGUUCGUGGAUUACUUGGCAUCUUGCAGCUAUCUUGACAUCCUAAACGUGCAGCGGUAAACUGAAGUUUAGGAUCUCUGCUAUAGACCAUGAUGAUUUAUUUGUGCGUUUAUAAUUCAAUGAGACUACAUUUCUUUUACUUGUAUAGUAACUGUAAGUUUUUAUUUUUAUAGUAAUUGAAUUUAUACACUUAACUGUGAUAUAAAAUAAAAUUUGCGGUUUAUGAAUUGUUGUUAAACUGAUGUUGGAUUUUCUAUUGAUGGUUUAAAGUACAAACUUUGUUUUAUAGCAUUUUUCACUUGAAAAUAAAUAUUUCACAAGUGCUCACA